CGCAUCUGUCCGGACCCGCCUCGCGUCUGAGCUGACCCACCGCGCGUCUGCCAGUCAGUCCCUCCGGACCUGCCGCGAGUCUCAGGCUGCCGAAAUCACCGCGCCUCAGUCGCCUCGACAGUGAUUCUGAGUCUGCUUUUAGCUUCCCUUCGCCUGCCUUGGCUUUUUCUGUACGUGAACAGCUGCUUGGCCCAUAGCUUAGAGAAAGCAGCCUUUUUUUUUUUUUUUUUUUCCUCUCCCAAGAGAACCUCCUCCCUGUGCUCAGAGAGAUGGGGAGCGGGGAGCCGAAUCCUGCUGGCAAGAAAAAGAAAUACCUCAAGGCCGCCCUGUAUGUAGGUGACUUGGACCCAGAUGUCACCGAGGACAUGCUGUAUAAGAAGUUCAGGCCUGCUGGCCCUCUGCGCUUCACCCGCAUCUGCCGUGACCCGGUGACCCGCAGCCCCCUGGGCUAUGGCUAUGUUAACUUCCGCUUUCCGGCGGAUGCCGAGUGGGCCUUGAACACCAUGAAUUUUGAUUUGAUUAACGGCAAACCCUUCCGCCUCAUGUGGUCACAGCCAGAUGACCGCUUAAGGAAGUCUGGAGUUGGAAAUAUAUUCAUCAAAAACCUGGACAAAUCCAUAGACAAUAGGGCCCUGUUUUACUUAUUUUCUGCUUUUGGGAACAUUCUCUCCUGCAAAGUGGUAAGCGAUGACCACGGCUCUAAGGGCUAUGCCUAUGUGCAUUUUGACAGCCUGGCUGCUGCCAACAGGGCCAUCUGGCACAUGAAUGGAGUGCGGCUCAACAACCGCCAGGUGUAUGUUGGCAGAUUCAAAUUCCCGGAAGAGCGGGCAGCUGAAGUCAGAACCAGGGAUAGAGCAACUUUCACGAAUGUUUUCGUUAAAAACUUUGGCGAUGACAUGGAUGACGAAAAACUGAAGGAACUGUUCAGCGAAUACGGGCCAACCGAAAGUGUCAAGGUAAUCAGAGAUGCCAGUGGGAAAUCGAAAGGCUUUGGAUUUGUGAGAUAUGAGACACAUGAGGCUGCCCAAAAGGCUGUGCUAGACCUGCAUGGAAAGUCCAUCGAUGGGAAAGUCCUAUACGUAGGGCGAGCGCAGAAGAAAAUCGAACGCCUGGCUGAGUUAAGGCGGAGAUUUGAGAGGCUAAGAUUAAAAGAAAAAAGCCGCCCUCCAGGGGUGCCUAUCUAUAUUAAGAACCUCGAUGAGAGCAUCAGUGAUGAGAAACUGAAGGAGGAAUUUUCUUCCUUUGGAUCAAUUAGCCGGGCCAAAGUGAUGAUGGAAGUGGGGCAUGGCAAAGGGUUUGGUGUUGUGUGCUUCUCCUCUUUUGAAGAGGCAACCAAAGCAGUGGAUGAGAUGAAUGGUCGCAUAGUGGGUUCCAAGCCCUUGCAUGUCACCCUGGGCCAGGCCAGACGCAGGUGGUGAGGUCAGGAAUGUUCAAUUUGUUUCAGCCUUAGCUGAUGCCUACUUAGUUUGGGCUCCUUUGUGAUAAGGGGUUGUUUUAUGCCAAUUCAUAGGUUUUUUUUUUUUUAAGCGAAUACUUUUCUUUUGAAACAAAAAUGUAAAAUUAGAAAACUUUGUUCAUUUUAGUGAAGAGCAUAAUUUCUAAUUGUAAAAUCGUCAUUUUGUACUAUUUUUUGAUAUAAUAUCCUUAGGAAUAUGUAGAAUAAAGUUUAUUCCGCUACAUUUUUUUCCUUAACAGUCAAGGUGAGGCAAUCGAUAGAGUAUAUUUCCUUCCUUGUUUCAGUAAAUCUCAGCAUGACCCUUAUUUCUGAAGCUAUCACAGCAAAACUUUUUAACUUGCUUUAUAAGAAAUCAGUAGAGCAGGGUACUAUGUAUGUGAUCCAGUGAACAUCUGUAUAUAAUGUCACUUUAAAUUAUUAUUUUAAACGAAUUGUGUUUUGAAAUUGUGUGAGAUUUCUUUUCUGCCUUUUAUUUAUUUUUAUGCUUUUGUAUCAUUUUCAAAUAUAUUGUGAGAAUACCACAGGCUUAGUAGUGACUUUGACCGAGUGUUGGGAGCUGACUUAUAAACUUCACAUACAGAAAAGUGAACAUAUAGUUGUUUUCUCAAUCAGUACCUUAGGAAAUUAACACUUUCGGCAGUGGCUAUUUGAAUUGCAAGUUGCAUCUUAAAAACCUUUCCUGCGGACACUCUAAGGACAACUCUUAUCACUUAUUUUUCUAAACCCUUUAGUAUGUAUCCUUGGAUCAUGUUAAAUUAACUCCACUGAAUUUCCUUUAUCUAAAGAUAGGUUAAUAUUUUACCAUUCAGCUUUUAUCAAGUGUCAAUAUAAAAGGUAAAUAAUCCAUUGAAUGGUACUGAAAAACUCCUUUGAAGAUCAUUUCCAUUAAACUUUUUGUUAUCGCCUAAAUUCUUGAAUGCAUCCAUAUGGAAACAUUCACAUUUGUUUUGAAGUUAAGGAACUGGUUGUCUCUUGCUGCUAAAGUCAUACACCUCCAACCAUUAUAUGAGAACUGUUAGCUUAACAUGGUUCUUUGUAUGUUUUGGCUGAUUGGAAAUUCAGAAAAAUGUUCUGUUUUAUAUUGCAGUCAUAUUACAUAGCCUGUAAUGUUUACAUUACAGAUUCUUCAGCUUUCACCUGCAGUUCCCUAUUCUCAUUGCUGCUUUCCAUUCAUGUUACACUUAUGUUUAUGUUUUACUGUAUUGCCUUUCUUUGAAUAUAUAUCAAUACAAAUCUAUUUGGAAAGUCAAGAGGUAUCUAAUUUAUGUAAAAUUUAAAUAACGGUUUUUAAAAAUAUGAUUCACUCAGACUACAGAACCAAUAGUAAGAAGUUCUUUUGUCUCUGUUGUCACUUGGUUUUUCUUACUUUUUAUAGUAAUCUUCAUUUUCAUACUUGAUAAAACAUAAAUAAACAAUUUGUUAAUACUUUUGUUAGUUCUUUGACCAUAAAAUAAUGAGAAUAAGCUGUUUGAUGUAAUUGUUUAUCUAAAAACUACAUCUAUAUUCAUUAUCAAGUACUUUUGAAAUUAAAAUCAUUGUUUUUAUUGGCUACAUAUAUGAAAUAUAUGUAAAAAGUGUACACAAUGCAGAAGAAGAAGUAAAAUUUUCACAGUUCGGAGAUAACCACUAUUAAUACUUUUAGUAUGUGCAUACACUCCCACAUCUUUUAACAUAUGUAUACCUACGUAUUUUUAAAAACAUCCUAUGUGUUCUAUUUUGUAUUUUUUAAAAUUUCAAACUGAAACAUAAUCGUCUUUUCAUGCCAAUAAAUAUCAACCUAUAUCAUUAUUUUAAUGAUUGCAUAGUAUUCCAUUGUGUGGUGUACUAUAACUUAUCUAAGCAGUUUGAUACUGAAUAAGGUUCAUAUGUUUCUCAAUAUUUUUUACAUUUGUAAACAAUGCUGUUAUGAACCUCUCUUGCUUAUGAGUUAUGUGAGUUUGAGAAAAAUAUCUACAGCAUGUUAAAGCAUAAAUUUGCUACGCAAAUAAAAAUCCACAUUCUAUUGAUCAUGUAUUAAAAUUUUGGAACACCUUCAAGACAGUCUUUAGUUGACAAAUGGAAAACGGAAAAAAAAGGAUAUAAGUUUUCUUAUUUUAUGAGCAUACUUGCUUCACAUUAUUUUUGAUAAUUAAAUAUAUAAAAACAAUCAAACUCCAAAUAAGGUUUAAAAGUUAUAUUUGCAGUUAUUUAUUGUAUAUUUUCUCCAUUCGUUUUUACCCAUUACUAGUUUUCAUUUAAAUUUAUAAACCUGACGUAUCAGUGUUAGCCUGAAUCUUUGAUAGAUGCAUUGAUUGUAUUUAAAUUUUUAAAAAUUCUAAAAAGUAAAAAUAUAGUAUAAGAAUUCAAUACAUUUUUUGGAACUAUGCACAUAUUUAAAUUAUUACUAUCUUUGAAAGGACAGCCAAUAUAAAGAAAAAGAGAAAUAGAAUCUGCCUAAGUGAAGAUAAAAUAUACCUCUAUAGGAUCCUGCUGAAACAUUAAAAAAGAAAGUCCGGAAAUUCAGUUGGUGAAAAUCAGGGAGGGGGAUAUAAAGAAAGAUAAUUAGUAUUUGAACAAAAACACCUGGGUAGUUUUCAAUGUUGUACUUUUCAUUUUUAGCAACAUUUAAUGGACUCCUAAUAAUUAAGCCUUCCAAGGAGGAGCAACACAAUUGCACAGCUCAAAUUAGUGACAGUGGAUUUUAAAAAGCAUGUUACCCAUUUCCUAACACAGAAUAAUCAGUAAUAUGCUGUUAAUGGUCAGCUGAAGAAUGGCUUGAUUAAAACAAGUUUUGUUUUGUUUUCUUAGCUUUUCAAAACAGUCACUUGUACAAAUUUUCAAUGUGCCUGAAGAGAAAAAAAUUAAGAAGUUGUUGCCUUGUGAUUGCAAGGCUUCAUAGUCAAGGUUAUUUGGAGAAGGCUUUUUUGUACAAGAAGUUUCAUACUUACUGCUGCUGCCUGUAGUAUUAUCAAUGGCUAAGGGUAACAAUAAAAUGUUAUACAUGUAAGUGAUAUUUUUAGCCCCGUGGGAAAAAGUAAGACUACUUACUUCUUUAAGGGGAAACUUAGGAAUGGAAUGCAUACCAACUUCUCUAUAAAUAAGUGGUCUAAUAUAAGAGAAUAAUAAGAAACAUAAAUAGACAACUGAAGAUAGAUGAUAGAAGUAUUUCCAGCACCUAUGACAAUACCUGAAGUAUGGUAGGCAUUCCACAAAUACUUGUUGAAUGAAUGAAUUCAUAUUCUGUGAAUUAUGUCCCUCUGCUUUCCAAUUCUUCUAUUAAUAAUUGGCAAGAGAAAUGGGUUAUUACAGGAUAAGCCAUUUUUAUUAAAUUUCAUCCUAUGAAGAAAUAAUUGAGAACUGAUUGAUAGCAGACUAAGGUAUUAUCAUUGCUUUCAUUCUUCUUGUGCUAUCUUCCUAUUAUUGUUUAACACUUGAUGGAUAAGCUUGAAUCAAAAAAAAGUCUCUAAUAAAUGGCAUACCUUAAAUAAAACAGUCCAUUUGUAGAGGAAUGCUUUUCAUAUAGUAAUGGCAUGCUGCUUGAAGACCAAUACUACUCCAUAAGUUUUGUUCUUACGUUGAACCACAUGAUCGGAGUAAUCCCCAAGAUACUAGUACUUGCCCAUUUGAAAUGAAUUAAGGCUUACACAUUUCAGGGUCUUAUUUACUUCCCAUGAAGUGUAAGCUUACAACUGAUUCCUUGGAGCUUUAAGAGAGUUAAUGUAUCCCACUUGGCUCUAGGGCAUUAUUGUUAUUACUUAGAAAUAAUCUAGCUACCGUUGGAAAUCUGAGAAGAGAAAGGACUAAGUAACUCAAAGUAUUGAUACUGAGGAUAGAAUUCCUGUGAAACUUAAAAAACACACAAACAAACUUCAAGUACUUUCACCCUCAAAAGUUGCAGUCAGUUUUAAAAUGUCUCCCAUUUGGAGAAUAAAAGGCUCAAUAUUCUCGCUAUUUCUUAUUAAAAGUUUGAAGCUACUUCACAAUUUAGUUUAUUUAGUUAUUUUAGGGAUGCUACAGGAAAAGGGAUGCCUUCUGAUAUUGUAAGGCAUAACUUUCAGAGUAAAUUUAUUUCUUUGUUUUAGAGCUAAUGGUAAGUAAAACACCAGAUGUUAGCAUUUUACAUAUGAAAAAAAUAAGACUUCUAUAAUGUAGAAUAAAUAUUUUUACAUCCUUCUGAUGCUUCUUUGAAAUUUCCAAAAGGGUAAAUUAUGCUUUUGAAAAAUCAAGGACUUUAUAAAUCAAUAUUUGCUGGCAUUUAGGAAAACUUUUUGAGCUAAUUUACACAGGAUGGCAAAUGAAAUCUUUUUAGACUCAGCUCUCUUCGAAGACUCUGGCCAGUCUAAACAUCUGAAUACAACAAACACAGAUAGGAAUUGCAAGCUGUUCUUUUUCAGUAUUUUAGGAUGCCCUAAAUAGAUCAGUAAGUUGGUUUUCUUGCCCAACAGUCUAUUACAUGUCAGUGUCAUUAGAAAGGAAUGAAUACCUUACUGUAGUCUUUGUGGGAUAAAGGGUAGCUUUAUUAUAUUAUAAUAAAAGUUAAAUAAAGAUGAUGAAGAAUUUGUUUCUUCAAAUAAUGAGGGAUUUGUAAAUUAACUCAAGAUUAAUUAUAAGAAGGGACAUAGAGAAAGAAAUUGUAAUUUAAAUGUUACAAAUGUAAAUGUACACUGUAAAGAUAUUAGAACUCUGCCUAGUUUGGUAUCCAUGUUAAGACGAACAUCACAGUUUGUAUUCAAUUUGUUUUGUUAUUAUGGUUGAUUUGACUACUGCAAUGAUACUAAACCUCAGGAGUAUUUCAUUUGUACGUUAUUUUUCUUAAGUAUUGACUGGUGCUAAUCUACUCUACUGUCUUACCUCCAUCACCUAAUCUCAGCUCUACUCUUGCUGAACAAGUCAAGAUUAUAUAAAGUAUCUCUGGUUUAUGUAGUUUUUCCAAACAUCACCUCGGAAAUUUAUUUGUAAUUCUCAGAUGUGCAUGUAUGUGAUAUUGUACCGUUUUGUUGCAAUAAAGUUCCAGGACUUGCAUGUUAAGCCACAGUAGAGGAUGACAAACUUGGCUACUGUUUAUAUGUGAAUGAAUGUAUUUAUCUGAAGAUAUUCUUUUUAGAGAAUGUAAAUUUCAUAAUGAUGCUGAUUAAACCAACUACAAAGCUAUGGGAUCUGUUUGGAAUUGUGGUUUCAUGAUGUACAUGUGGGCUGGAGCAGUUGAAUACCAAAUACUGGGUCACACAACUGGAAAUAUGUACUGCUAAUGUGGGAUGGAUUUUAUGGUAAGAAAGUGUAUUCCAAGUAUAACAAGAGGUAAUGCUAAGAGAAACUGCCAAACUUUUUUGAAGGGGCAACAUAGGCAAUGAAAUAAUCUAUAUGCAAGCUCAGUUGUUUUGUGGAGACAUACCACAAUAAUUUGAAACCUCUCAGGCAAAGGGUAAAAAUAUAUAGGAAGACACAAUUUUCUGAAAAUUCCCAUUAUAUUUUGAUACAAGUGAAGCAAAUCGUGAAAGAAUGAAAAACAAGCAUGAACUGGGAAUUUCUCUUACUUAAAUCUCCAAAAGCAAAACAAUUUUAUUUUAGGCAGAUUGAGUUCCUCAGAAUACUGGGUCUUUUUUUUUUUACUAUUUUUUAAUCUUUAAGUCAUGAGAGAAGCAUAAUUGUAAUCUAUUUUUCUGCUCAAAGAAAAUGGAUCUCUUUAAUAUGUUCAAAGGAGAUAAAUAGGGUGGAAAACAGGACCAGAAACUUACCUCAACAACAGAGUUCAUCAUGAAGAUCAUUUAAGCUGAGAAUUGUAUUUUAUCUAAUCUUGGAUGAUACAAUUUUAGAGAAUUGCUAACUGUUCUGGGGAAACUGUUUCUUUUGCUUAAUGUGCAAAGGCUAUCAUUCAGUUUUCUGGAUGACUGAAAAUGUUAUUAAAUACAUGAAACAAUAUGUAAACUGUGUCUAAAAAAGUAAAAUACAAUUGUUGCUCAUUGAAUUAUUAAGAACACCAUAGUCAAUUAAGAACACCUAAGUCAAUAUUAAGAAUCCUUAAAAGAGAGAGGAAGUCCAGGAUAAAUAGAAUACCCCUGUUUUGGAAUGCAAACAAGUCAGUUUUGUAAUUGGAAAAAAAAUGGAAAACACACCUAUGUCAUAUACUAGUUAAUAACAUUGUAUCCAGGAACAGAGCUCUACAAAAACAUGUAGAAGUGAUGAUUGAAUACCAAAAGUGAAAAAGUCAUGAAAAUUCUUCCCAACAACUCUGAGAUCCAUGUGUCUCUUCUAUCACUGUAGGCCCACAACAACAAGAAUGCAGAAGAGGAAAGAUGUGGCCCUUAGGAAUAAAAACUUGUGACAUCCCACUGAAAUUUUGUAAGGAGCAUCACUAUUUAAUGCUAUAAAUUGUCUCAGAAAAAUAGACUAUUUCUCUUUGUUUUCUUAGUUUCAAGUACGCUAUCUGAAAGCUCCAGAACUUUAUGUAAUUCUUAUCAAGGUAUUCCAGCAAUCAUUUCUAACUUUUAAUAACAGUGACUCUGAAAUGUGUCACGGUGUUUUGAUCUUUUAAAGCUCUCUUUGUUUUAUUGUCUGCACACAGAUGUCCCAACUAGCUGAAUUUCUGUAAUCACUAUGGCACAAAUGGUGGACUGAGGCUAUUAAAAAUUCAAGAUUUGCAUGUCAGUUGGGAUGGUAGGCAGUGCUAAUUAUGGUAAAGUUAAAAUCUUUGUGUUUGUAGAGAAAUUAAAUGGAUGAGUGAAUUAGUGGGUAGGUAUGUGCAUAUAUACAUUCACACAUAUAAAAAGAUUAUAAAGAGGGCAUAAAAAGGAGCUAAGACGAACACAAGGAAUCCAAGAAUAACUCUGUAUAUCUAUUAUAUGGAUUCAAAUUAGGAAUCACAGACUUCCUAGGCCAAAGACAAGACUGUGGUUCCUGAGCAAUGCAGUGUUCUAAGGCAAGGUAGUUAGACAAAUGAUAAUAGCUGGAAAGUGCUACAGGCAAGGCUGGUCCCUGUUACAAUUCAUUACAGUGAGAUCAUUAUGAUGAACUGAUAUUUACCAGCAUAUGUGUAUGGAAGUAUUGGCCCACAUGUAGUUAAAAAGCAGUAUUGAAAGCUACUUCACGCAUGUCGGCCUAUUGCAUUUCUCAAAAUUUGGCCCAAAGUGUGCCAGAAUCACCAGGAUAUUUUGUUAGAACCGAGAUUCUUAGGACUCAGCGUUGGCUUACUGAAUCAAAGUCAAUGCAAUAGUGGUGACAGUGUGAUGAAGAGCAGAAAUCUACAGUUAUCUCCAUAGUCCCCAGGAGAUACUUAUGUACACAUAAAUAUCCAGAAGAGGGGUCAGCAAAUAGUUUCUGUGAAGGAACAGAUAGCAAAUGUUUCAGCCUUUAUGGGACAAGAGGUAACAUCAAAAGUAUUACACAGGCAUUUAUAUAGCAGAAAAAAGUUUCAAAAAUUUCAAAUUUGAUGAAAUUCAAAAUAUAGCCGCAAUAUUGAAAAUAAAGAGUAUGUUUUUUUUUUUUUUACACUAUGGCUAUAAGAGUUUUGGGGAGUGGGUUACAGUACAAUAU